GAAAAGGGGCGCAUUGCGCGUUAUUGAGUUAUUGAGACGGGGGAAUGAUGAAAUGGACAAAACGGAGCCGGAGACGUGCACAGGCCGAAAUGAAAGUGGGCCGGUCACGUUUCGAAAAUGGGAGUACAAAAACAGAUAUAAGCGAAGGCCAGUAGGAAGUCGAUGAUGCGAUGUUGCAUACUCUGUUCCUCUCUACAAACAUGUUAACAUGCUCAAAAUUCAGACAAGAAAUCUAAGGAAUUGAAGGUGGAAGAGCGAGGUUCCUGUCUGUUUAUUUUUCGGUUGGACUCAUAGCCAACUUUAGGAGAUUGUUCUAUAUGAUGUCGGAGUGAUGCUUCUGCUGCUGGUGGCGCUGUUGGCGGCCGAGACAGCCUGCGCCCCGGGACUUGUCCGAUUGUCUGUCAUCGUCCCGGCAGAUCCUGCAAUUACCGAGCAAUGCCUUCCGGUGAUACUCCCGUGCGUCGAGCUCGGCGUCGAGAACGUCCGAAGUUCCGGCCUCCUCCCGGGGCGGGAAAUACAGAUCACGUUCCGCAAUUCCAAAUGCUCCUCCACCACAGGGCCGCUGGCCGCCGUAGAGCUCCACAACCAGACAGAUGCUUUUAUCGGUCCAGUUUGCGAUUAUGUCAUUGCUCCAGUUAGUAGGUACUCAGGGGUAUGGAAGAUACCGGUAAUCACAGCAGGCGGGCAGGCGAACCAUUUCCAAUACAAGGACGAAGAGUUUCCGACCCUCACCCGAGUCAUGGGAUCAUACAGAUCCAUCGGUGCUGCCAUGACCGUCAUACUGUCCAACUUUAAUUGGAAAGUGGUCGGCUUGAUUUACCACAACCAUGGUUUAAAUUCGUCCAAGGGAAACUCGAAAUGCCAUUUCAUGCUUGCUACUGUGUUCACCGCACUCGGGCAAAGUUCGAUGCACAGGAGCUUCAACGAUUCCGCGACCCCGAAUGACUUCAAAAACCUGCUUCUUCUCGUUUCCAAAUCCGCCAGAAUUGUGGUCGUAUGUGCUGACCCUUUGACUGUUAGGGAAAUCCUUCUUGUCGCCGAAGAGCUCAAUAUGAUCGAUAGCGGGGAGUACGUUUUCUUCAACAUCGAAUUAUUCAACAGAAAUUUAACAACCAAACCAUGGUACGUACCAACAGACACGGCCAAGAGGAACGAAAGGGCCAAAAAAGCUUACACAGCACUUUUGACCGUGUCCGCCAGGACUCCAAAUUCUCAGUCUUAUCUUAACUUUUCAAACGAGGUAAAAUCAAUAUCAAAAAGAAGAUACAAUUACACCUUCGGCCCAGAGCCUCUAUCGACGUUCGUCACGGCUUUCUACGACGCGGUCUUACUUUACGCUAUCGCCCUUAACGAAACCCUGGAAUCCGGAGGCAAUCAAUCAGACGGAAUGGCCAUCGCUAGGAGAAUGUGGAAUCGUACAUUUACAGGAAUUACAGGAGAAGUGAAUAUCGACUCUAAUGGCGACAGGAUUACAGAUUAUUCCCUAUUGGACAUGGAUCCUGUUACUUCCGAAUUUAAGAUUGUCGCUCACUACAUCGGCAUAAAAGGCUCGCUAGAGUACGUUCCUGAUGCCAAAAUCCACUGGGCAGGAGGAAGGACCACGCAACCUUCCGACGUGCCAGAAUGCGGUUUCGACAAGUCGCUUUGCAAAACCAUGCCCGUUUACGCUAUACUUACCAUCGUCCUCAGCUCAGUGGUCGUAGUCCUGGCAAUCGGCUCGGCAUUCAUUUACAGGCAUUACAAGCUUGAGGCGGAAAUUGCAUCAAUGACCUGGCGGGUGUACGCUCACGAGAUAACGCAUUUCGGAAAGUUCAAAGGAAGCAUGCAUUCCCUCGUAAGAAAGGGCAGUCAGCAAACGGUGUUUUCAGAAGACUGUGUCAGCCUGUUUGGCGACCUAAGGGGGCAGAUGUUCAUGCCGACGGCCAUUUAUAAGGGAACCCAAGUAGCAGUGGAAAUUAUACGCAGAUCCAGGAUCGAGUUGAAACGCCCUCUCCUUCUGGAGUUGAAGCGGAUGAAAGACCUGCACCACGACCACCUGGUUCGAUUCUACGGAGCGUGCAUCGACCCGCCGAACUGUUGCCUGCUUACCGAGUACUGCCCCAAGGGCUACCUCCAGGAUAUCCUGGAAAACGAGCAGAUCAAGCUUGAUUGGAUGUUUCGUUACAGCUUGAUGCACGAUCUCAUUAAGGGUAUGGCCUUCUUGCACCAUUCCGACAUAAAGUCACACGGUAAUUUGAAGUCCUCCACGUGUCUCGUCGACUCCAGAUUUGUUCUUAAAAUCACCGAUUUUGGCCUGAGGUCACUGCGAGAAACUGCAGGCUCAAUGGAAGACAGUGAUUCCUACGCUUACUGGAAAAAAAUGCUCUGGACUGCACCUGAACUUCUCAGAUUAGAAAAUCCCCCAUUGGAAGGGACUCAGAAGGGCGACGUUUACUCUUUUGCGAUAAUAGUCCACGAAAUCGUGACGAGGCAGGGCCCCUGGGCCAACCUCCCGGAACCCUCCAUUCAACCAAGAGGUAAGUCGCCGCAGUUCAAUCACAGUGAAAUCGUCGAAGGCGUAAAAAGCGGAGGUCUCCGGCCUUCGACAACGGGCAUCUGCUGCGAGGAAGAACUAUCAGCACUCAUGAGAAGAUGCUGGGAAGAAGAACCAGCCGACAGGCCUGAUUUCAACACUUUAAAAGCCACCAUCAGAAAACUGAACAAAGACAACGAGAGCAACAACAUCCUCGACAACCUGCUCUCUCGCAUGGAGCAGUAUGCCAACAACUUAGAGACCCUCGUCGAAGAGAGGACAGCGGAUUAUUUGGAAGAGAAGAGGAAAUGCGAAGAACUCCUAUAUCAACUCCUUCCCAAAUCUGUCGCAAGCCAGCUCAUAUUGGGUCAGUCUGUCGUCGCAGAAACAUACGAUUCAGUUACCAUUUACUUCAGCGACAUCGUCGGUUUUACAUCACUCAGUGCGGAAAGUCAGCCACUCCAAGUAGUCGAGCUUCUUAACGAUCUCUACACUUGCUUCGACUCGAUAAUAGAAAACUUUGAUGUAUAUAAAGUGGAAACCAUUGGUGAUGCAUACAUGGUCGUCUCCGGUCUGCCUGUGCGGAACGGACUGUGCCAUGCAAGAGAAAUUGCAAGAAUGUCACUGGCGCUGCUGGCAGCCGUCAAGUCCUUCACAAUACGUCAUAGACCAAACGAUCAGCUCAAAUUAAGAAUAGGAAUGCAUACGGGCCCAUGUGUUGCAGGUGUUGUAGGGCUAAAAAUGCCUAGGUACUGCCUGUUCGGAGAUACAGUGAACACAGCAUCAAGGAUGGAAUCAAACGGAGAAGCAUUGAAAAUUCAUGUAUCACCAUUUACAAAAGAAGUACUUGACACUUUUGGAACAUUUGAACUUGAUUUGAGAGGGGAAGUUGAAAUGAAGGGCAAAGGUAAGAUGACAACAUAUUGGCUUCUUGGUGAGAAGAAAGUAGUUUCUGGUGAUACAGGUCUUCAGCAACAACAGCAACAGGUGCUACAGAUCCAGCCGCCGCCUCAGCCACCAUUCACUCCAGGCUCUAUCCCUAGGUUCCAGAGUAACCUUGCGACUCCGACUUCUAAGUCUCAGGCCAAUUCAAACCACAAAGCCGUCACAGCGACCACCCCCCUUCUCCAGGGCGACGCGGCAUAAGCAUUCUCGUUUCUAUCUAAGUGUAAAUAAUUUUAAGGGACGAUGUCCACCGUAUAUGUAUUGUUUUCAAAUUGACUGUGGAUCUUCCGUGGAUACUGAGCACACCGGUCUACAGGGAGUCAGUUCAAACAGUCAAGCAGUUAAUUUAUAAACUGGAAUAAAUCGUAUUUACAAAAAUUUAGGUUCUAAGGUUAAAAAGACCAUAGGUGCAUCUUUGAAAACACAACUUUUUUAAAGUAAGAGUAACUGCGCUACUGGGUUAUACAUGUGCUUUUAAUUUAUAUAGUUCCUAACUAGCCAAACUUAAUUUAAAGUGUGUGGUGAUUAGUGACCG